CUCUAGUGAGUGGUGGAGGAACUACCGCCGACCUGCCGCUCCGCUACUGACAUCUGUUGAGCUUUGUAAGAACUUAUCCCUACCCAGUCCUUCCCAUUCCAGUGUUAGCAAUUACGCCACCUAUCGCGCUGUUACAAUUUACUGUUUGAAUCCAUAAAACAAGCAAAGUGUAAAAAUCAAAGAUCAGGAAUAUUAUUGUGUUAUAUUUCUUCACAAUUUUAAUAAUAGUUUCGACUUGAUAUUUCGAAAGAGGAACUAAUGUCAGCUGAGCUUUUACUAGUUAAUCAUUGGCAAUACUGUCAGUCGCUCACUGCGCCGGCCCACUCCACCCGCUGAUGGGAAAAGCAGGUUGCCGUUCUUUUUAUCUCGAUUUUUGAUUAGGAAGUGUUUUGUGAUGUCCUGUCGAUUAGGAACUAUACUUCCAGUGAUAUGUAAUGCUGUAGUACAGUGCACGAUGUGUUGUGAAGCCAGGAAAUGUUUAACGGCGUGUAAUUAGAGGGGUAUCUUGUGAGCUACGGGCCCUCCCCUCAGCCACAUUGUGUACCAUUGAUCGCGGCUGCAGUAGUGUCCCCUCGGCCAGUGCGAGCGGCGACAGUGACAGUGUAGUGAGGAAGUGAUGACAGUGUGUUGUGCUAGGCAGUGAUGAUUAUGGUGGCAUGUCUCGCGACGUGUAUGGCGGAGGUGGUGGGGGAGCCGGGGUGCCGAGCAGCAGGUCGCCCCGACCCCAGCGUCGCGACCUGAGCUCCGACCCUUACUACCUGGACCAGGGCGGCCACCACCGCGCCCACAGCCCUCAGCCGUCAGCAGCCGCGCGCCGUAGCCGUUCCGCCACCCGUGCCGCAUCCCCGACCCUGGCGCUGGACCAAGGCGGGCCAUACAUGGACCCCCACGCCACCAUGGAAGCGGACCGCCGCAGCGGAUCAGCACCAGGUACCCACCACCGUAGCCGUAGUCAAAGCCGCAGUAACGUAGGACGCAACUACCACUCUCUGGACCGCGAGGCUCACGACCGUGAGUUUAUGCCAAUUCGUGACCCCCGAGACCGCAGCAUGGAACGAGGGGGCGCUAUGGACAUUCACGGGGUUCAGGGUGGCCACAUGGCCCGCCGUGACCGCUCACUGGACCGCGGUCCUAUGCUGGAGGACGACCUCUACCGUGAUCAUCACUCCAUGGGCAGGGCGCGGGCCAGCCCUAACCCGGAAAUUAGUGGGCGUCAUGGGCCAAGCACCCUCGGGGGCAUGGGCCGGGAUGGGUAUUUCUCAGAACUUCAAAUGCACAAUUCAGACCUUCAGAAAGAACUCGGGAACUUGAAAAAAGAACUGGAGUUAACGAACCAAAAAUUAGGCUCGUCGAUGCACUCCAUUAAAACUUUUUGGUCUCCCGAGCUGAAGAAGGAGCGAGCCCUGAGGAAGGAGGAGAGUGCCAAGUACUCCCUCAUCAACGACCAGCUCAAGCUCCUCAACUCAGAGAACCAGCUUGCAAGGGCCAAAGACAAGGUAAGCCCUUAUGACGUCAUAGGCCACGUAGCAUGUGAUUGGCCACAUACCUCUUCCCUGAGCAACCAAUCGCAGCUAGACUCUCCUCUGGUUGUCCCUAACUCAUUGGCCAAUCACGGGGCAGCUUUUCCACUUCCCCUCACCCAGUAA